AUGCUUGCAAAUAUUUGCUUUAUCUUAUUCAAACGCAAUUGUAUUAGUAAGGAUUCGUUCGAGGUAGCUGAAGGAGACGAACCCAUCAAGGAGCGCUAUGUGUUCCUAUUUAAGAACAAAAUUAUGAUCACUGACAAGAAUGAUAGCACCACGCCAGCCACUUAUACUCAUUACGCUACAAUCAGGAAAAUUGAGGAAAUUCGUCUAAAACCUAAAGAUCUAGCAACAUCAGAAUAUGUGCGAAAAGCAUGGCUAAAGGAUAUCACAGAGGAGCAGGAGGCAUACGGUACGAUCUUAUCUCAAGCUUUUCUGGACAAGUACACAGUCACUACUCAUGUGCUUCAUGAAGAUACUAUCAUCCUAAAACCGAAUGAACCAGGAUUACCAGAGUUCAGUCUCAAACCUAAAGAUCUAGCAACAUCAGAGUAUGUACGGAAGGCAUGGCUAAAGGAUAUCACAGAGGAACAGGAUGCAUACGGUACGAUCUUACACUCUGCAGCCGCUUUAUCCUCUAAACUUCGUUUUCGACACAAAUGGCUUCCAGAUUUGAAUUUGAACGUUUUCAGUGGAAGUACGACUAUUACCACAUGUUACAGAGGGGAUAGAAUGCUUUUAGUUUUAAGGAAGGAAGGAAAUAAAUACAGUAUCUUAGCAGGAUGA